GUACCAGUCAAUUGGAACUGUACUUACACAUCAUACCACCAAGACUGGAGCACCCAACAAUGGCGGCCAUUGGCUACAUCGUGACACGUGGUACCUUAGGGCCAUCAGCAGAACUACAAAGUCGCUAUGCAGUGAAGGUGUUCAAGAAAGAACUUCAACUACCAAGUCGUUCAGAGAUGCUUGCGGAUAUCAAGAAAAGAAGAGAUGGAGUGAUGCAGGAAUACAAUCAAGACACGCCCAAGAUCCAUCCGACGAAAUACAACGAUGAGCUUGCUCAAGCAAUCGGGGCUCUACCAAGUUUCUGGAGCCUGUUGUUGUCGGACCCUAAACUGGCGUACCACUUUUAUUUUGGUCCAGCCUAUCCUACGUGGUACAUGUUGAUGGGUUCACAUUCUAGACCCGAUGCCCGUCAGAGGAUACUGCAAAGUGGUGAAGAUAUGGUACAUGAGAUAACAUUAAAAACGGUUCGCCCGAGAGCACAGAAAGAACUCCAGAGGACCAGGAUAAUCCCGAUGAGGCUUGUAGCUUUGUGUUUCAUCGGCUUCUUUCUAGCAGUACUAUUAUGGACAUAGAUUUCAUUAUGGACAUAGAGUUUAUCUUAAGUUUAUUACGUUUAAACAUAGAUCAAGAAGAUUUAUAUAUAUAUAUAUAUCAUGCAGAUUUUUCUUUGACGAAUCUCUUACCAAAGAAGCUCAUAAGCAAUAUUGCAUGUCGGGAAGGUCACGAUUUGUUAAAGACGCAGACAUGUAUUAUAAGAUACUAUGUCCCUUUUGUUGCUAACA